AUGGCCGGGGUUGCGAGGAACAUGGUGGCGCCGCUGAUGGUGCUGAACCUCAUCAUGUACCUCAUCGUUAUCUGCUUCGCGAGCUGGAACCUCAACCACUACAUCAACGGGCAGACCAACUACCCAGGCGUGGCCGGCAACGGCGCGACGUUCUACUUCCUGGUGUUCGCGAUCCUGGCGGGCGUGGUGGGCGCGGCGUCGAAGCUGGCCGGGGUGCACCACGUCCGCGCGUGGCGCCACGACAGCCUGGCCACCAACGCGGCGUCGUCGCUCAUCGCCUGGGCCAUCACGGCGCUCGCCUUCGGGCUGGCCUGCAAGGAGAUCAACGUCGGGGGCCACCGCGGGUGGCGCCUGCGCGUGCUGGAGGCCUUCGUCAUCAUCCUCGCCUUCACGCAGCUCCUCUACGUGCUCAUGCUCCACGCGGGACUCUUCGGCGGCAGCGGCGGAUACCGGGACCACGACUACGGCGUCGGCGGCGGAGCGGGCGCCGGCGAGCCCAAAGGACCUAGGGUCUGA